ACUCAACACCGUGCUCGGUAAGCGGACGGUGCGACCCAACUGACGGACGGGUGAGUGAGGCGGCGUGUUCCGAGAGAACAGCGGAGCGGAAGUGACUUGUCGGUGGGAAACGGGGGACCACGACGCUCGCGCUCCAGUCACAUUGCCGCGCCCCUCCCCCACACACCAACAUGGCGCCCAGGCGUCGGUGUUUUCGCCGUUUCACUACCUUUCCCCCCCCCCCGUUUAAACGCCAGCUCUGGGCGGUCGAACCGUGAGCAGGCGGCUAGUUGAACGGCGGAAACCCUGCGUUUACCCACGCGAGUCCCCUCGAGCCCGAGUCAGCCGCUGCUGCAGCCAACUCGCUCCACGCCGAACCACACGGUCCGGUCCAAACCGUCCGCGGCCGAACCGGGCGCUCGGACGCCACGUUCACAAAGCACGUUUGUCCCCAACCAACAACGCUCAUUCAGCAGCAGCAGCGCGAGCGAGCGUGACGGAAGGAACUCCCCCAAACAAGCGAGCUAGUAAGUUAGCAACCACCCGCCUGGACAGUCGGGGUCUAGAGUCAGGUUUAUAGAGCCACACCGCGGGAGAGCGAGUGGUUAGAACUGAGUUGGACUCGGAACCGAGGGCGGUGGUGGAAGCGAAUCAAGUGGCCGGCAGGAGUUGCGGGUGUUCACUGGCCAGUUAGCCGUUAGCAGAGGCGCGCGCGCGGCCUGCUGCGACCCCAUGUGCUGCCGCUGCUUUGUUCUGGACGCCAGUUUCGCCAGCAGCCACCGCCACUUUGACUCGGACGGGUUUUUUGUGGUCGAGCUGCUCGGAGGAGAACAAGGGCGCGCGGAGGGACGCGUGGUUUCACGCGGGUGGCUCCGCCGUGCAGGCGUGAGCUCGGCAGCAGCAGCAGCAGCAACACAUGCCUUUUCAAAUCUCCCUCAUUCACCAGCGACGGAGGAGCGGCCGCCGCCGCCACGCGCCUCUUACUACCGUGCUCUCAGAGAACGUCCGCCUGCAAAGCCAAGUCGCCCGCAGCGGGAUCCGCGCUCGGUUCGCAGCCCGCACCAAGUCGAUCGCAAGUGUGGCACUUUUGGGGCGCAGGACAACAAAGCUAACAACAGGUUUCUCGCCCCAACAAGACGAGCGGCACCGCUCACUUGCACGCACUCACCUGUUUCGUUUGUUCACGCCGGGCACCGAGGAGACGCGGCGAGCCAUGUGACGCGUGUUUGUGAAUGGGAGUAGGAUUGCGAAAGUGGCGCGAGUGCAGUCCGGCUUCCACCAUGUGGUGAAUGAAGGGCGGCUCCCAGCCAGCGUAGAUAAACCCCGACCCCUCAUUAACAUAAAUCAACUACUUCCUCUCCAACUCCCGCUCUCAAGUUUCACCGCGCCAGCGACGAGGCGUCACGGACAGGUGCGGCGCGUUAAGCACGAUCACCGCCGCACCGGCGUUUCAGCCACCAUCAGCUUUAUGUUGCCACGGUCAGUGAGGAGCCCACCCGCUGGGAAAGUGCUGUGGAACAACGUGCAACAGUGGACAAUACAUUACAUUAAUAAUAAUAAACACAUUAUAAAAAAAAAUAUUCAAAUAAAAACCCACAGUAAUAAUUGAAGUGAUAAAUAAAUAACCCUCAAACAACAAGGGCUUUUCACGAAUUCAUCUGUCUGACGGCCGAGGGGAAGAAGCUGUUCCUGAGACGGGAGGUUCUGGUGUGGAUGGACCACAGCAUCAGAAGAGGAACAAACAGUCCAGGAGCAGGGUGAGAAGGGUCGAAGGCUCUGAUCCCACCUGCACGUCUCACCCAGGUCCUGAAGAGGUUCGCCUUUGACUGAGCUUCCGGCCCACCGGCUGUCCGGUUCAUGUUUGCUUCGAUCGAUGUCUGGGUGUCAGCUCGAGCGUGUGCCGGACCAAAAGUUGACAAGAGGAUUGGGUUGUGGUCCGAGAAAUAUAGGGACCGAUGGCUGCUUGUGUGCUGUGUCGGCGGCCUCCAAGACUUCACCGUCUGCUGGGUCUGAGGAAGCGUUUGGUCCGGACUCAGUUCAGCAAAGCAGCUGAGGAGAAGGAGGAUAAGGAGGAAGGCAGAAAAGAGGCCUGGGAGAGCCGAGACUUCGCUCUCCCCGAGGACUACAAGCUGAAUUACAACCCCUCCUGCUACCGCCAGUGGAGCGCUUCUCUCUCACGAAGCCAGGGUGACAACGACGAAGAUGAUUAUCGCGUCUCCAAUAUGCCGCCCUCCUUCAGGCAGCAGUGCAACCGCUACAGCAUCAGCAGCUCACGCCACAUCUCCAGCGCCAAAAAGACUUUAUUUGACCUGGUGUCCAGCACGAGCCCGGAAUCGCAGAGUCAGCAUCAGCAUCAUGGGAGCGUACCGGUGUCGCCGGAUGUCAGGUUCGACCCGCGCGCCUUCCUCAAGGGCAGACCGGAGUACUGGGCCAUGACUGUUGACCUGACCCCGCGGCCUCGGGCCCUGGACUGGGACCAGGCCUGGAAGCGGCUGAGCAGGUCGUCCGCUCUGAAAGGCAGCCACCGCAGUCCGGCUGAUGUGGCUGAUCUCAUCGUGGAACUGAGCUCCGUGCAGCCAGACCACAUCGCGCUGCUGAGGAUGGACAAACGCUUCCAGGCGCUGCUGCAGGGUUCAGUGGAAAACCUGGGCCGGCUGUCCGACCUGCAGCUGCUGGAUGUGCUGCAGUCUUUUGUGUGGCUGAAGCUGCCUCCCACUCACAGCGUCCUGGACUCCUACGAGGAGGAGCUGUGCCGCCGGGCCUCCAGGAUGGAUCUGCCCCAGCUGCUGCUGACCGCCGACGCCUGGCGCUGCAUUGGAAAGCAAGUGCCUGGGUUUUUACGGAGGCUGUACGAGGCAGUGGAGUCGCGGCCGACGCUGACAGUCCCUGAGCUGGUUCACCUGCUCUACAUUAUUGGAGAGAGCCGUCACUGUCCAGCAGAGCUGAUCCGACCUCUGGUGCAGCUGCUCAUGCGUCACCUCCACCAGCUGCUGCCCGAGGAGGUCGGCGCUGUCUGCCUCGGCCUCUUCAAAUCCCAGACUUCAAUUUCGGAGCUGCUGGCGUUGAGGGUUUUCGAUAAGGCGCACAAGGUCUCGGCCCAAAUGAGCGACUACGCUUUAGUGAACGUCUUCAAGUACCUGCGUUUCAGCUACCUGUUCCACGGGCCGUGGAUGGAGGCCAUGGCGCGCGAGGUUCCUCGGCGAGCCCACGGGAUGGGAGUGCAGGGCCUGAUGCACGUGGUGCUGGCUUGUUCCGCCUUGCGGUUUCGCAGCGAUCCCAUCCUGGUGGCUGUGGCCCAGAGAAUUCCGUCUCUGGUGCCUCACUGUCGGAGCAAAGACUCGUGCAAGCUCAUCUGGUCAUUCGGCACUUUAGGCUUCCUCCCUGAUCAGAGCCCAAACUUCUACCCGAGUCUCACUCAGGGACUGCGACAGAAGAAAGCCGAGUUCCUGCGCUACCCCGAGCACCUGCUGACCGGGCUCAUCGGCCUGGCCUUCGUCGGCCACUUCCCCGAGGACUUGAUUUUGUUAGCGCUGAGUCCAGACUUUGUCAAACUGGCGCUGAAGGCGACGCAGCUGGAGCUGAAGAAGGACUUGCUCACCUUGGACGGGGCGCUGGCUCUGGAGCUGCCGCACUGGACCGGGCCUAGGCUCAGCCCGGAACUGAGAGCGGAGGUGUCAGAAAUGAUGUGGAAGGUGGCACAGACAGACAUGUGUCAAAAACCCGAGGUCCUGGAGGCGGAGUCUUCCCUGCAGCAGCUCCUCGGUGGAAGGGACUUUGUCCGCAAACGGAUGAUUCUGCCUCACACUCGCUCCAUUGACUUUGAGGUCCAUCUGGACUCCAGCGGUCAGCCAGUCCCUCUGGACCAGCCGUCCGAACCCCCCCAAGCGCCCCUCAAGAGCGGCCCCUCGACUCAUCCCUCAGACAAAGACUGGGGGGUGAUCAGUUUAGGGGUGACUGUCACUGAGGACCUCAUUGCUCGACUCACCAGCUCCAAAAACACCACCACGGAUCCUGCAGCUUCUGUCUCUCCAAGGACCGCGCCACGCAGAGUAGAGCCUGACCGAGGUCUGCCCGAGCCGGGGUGCCACCUGACCGGCGACAUCAUGCAGAGACUCACCCGCCCCAGCCGGACGGCGGCAGAACCGCCCGGGUUGUCCGAGGUCGUCAAACUUGCCGUGCAGGUCACCACCAGGAACCACUUCUGCUGCCACUCGCAGCAGCUGAUGGGCUUCCACGCCAUGAAGAGACGACACCUGCGGCUGGCCGGGUACAGAGUGGUGGAGCUGAACCACCGCGACUGGUUUCCCUUGCUGAGGAAAAGUCGGAUGGAGAAGCUGGCGUACCUGAGCCGCAAGAUCUACGACAGCGUGACAUGAGAACACUUUCAGAUGCUGCUUCUUUUAUACACUGUGAAUGCAUUUCUGAGAAAAAAAAUAAA